UUCGAAAUUUAAAAGUCGUCAGAAGUUCGAUUUGGGAAUUCAAAGUUUAAAUUAGGAAUGUGACGUGAUUGUUGACAAAGUUUACCUGCGUCCAGCGUUGGCAUAUUGGCGAUUAUUGGCGCUACAUGUCGCCAAUAUAGGAGUUUCGCUUCCCGGCACUCCUCCGAGCGGUCGUCCCGUCUCGCCGGAGACGCAGCUCUGAAGAUGUCGUGGGACGCGAUGAGCCUGCUGGGGGUGGGGCGGCACUUCGCCGGCGUGGGGCGGCUGCGGCGCGCGCUGCUGCUGCUCGCUGCUGCCGCCUGCACCGCCGCUGCCCUGCUCUAUUGGCGGCAGCAGAGUGACGAGAACACACACAGGCCGCUGCAUGCUAUGUACACAGGCGGCGAACCACAAUGGAGUUGGAUCUGCAGAAAUGACCGAUGCGAGCGCUUGCUGGCAUCAGAGACGACCACGCUACAGUCGCUAGUAACAUGCAAUAUGCUCUGCGCAUCGACGCAACUGUGGCCACAGCCCACCGGGCCAGUUAGCCUGGCGACGGGCGCUGUUCCUGUCCGUGCUGACUCCUUCUCACUUCAUGUAGUUGCAUCCCCAUCGCCUGCCGUCACCGAUCAUCUAAGCGACGCAUUCGCGUUAACAAAAGAGGAUAUGAGAAAUCUUGAGCGAAGCGUCAGUAGCUCGCGUCGAGACGAUGUAGGUACACCGCGGGCCGUUCGCGUAAGGGUCUUCGUCAACGGCUCCGGUGACCCACGGCUUCGAUUAGACACUGACGAAAGCUACAAGCUUUCUUUAGGCUUUGAUAGACAAGAGCUGGUGGCUAAUAUCACAGCGCAAUCUUUCUGCGGCGCACGACAUGGCUUCGAAACGCUUUCGCAACUAGUCUGGGCAGAUCCUUAUGCUGGAUCACUUCUUAUAUUGACAGCAGCUGUGAUAGACGACGCACCAAGAUUUAAAUUUAGAGGAUUUUUGUUAGACACUGCUCGAAACUUUUUCCCUGUGAGCGAGCUGCUUCGCACAAUAGAUGCGAUGGGCGCAAAUAAGCUGAACACUUUCCAUUGGCACGCCAGUGAUUCGCAAGCGUUUCCACUCCAACUUCAAAGUGCGCCUCAGCUGGCAGCACACGGCGCAUACGGUGCAGGAGCGAUAUAUACCACUGAUGAGAUACGAGCGGUAGUUCGGCGGGCGCGCCUACGUGGUAUAAGAGUUUUAUUAGAAGUAGACACCCCAGCGCAUGUGGGACGAGCCUGGAGUUGGGGUACCAGCGCAGGCCUCGGUCAGCUCGCGUACUGUGUUGAAGCCGAACCGUGGAGCGUGUACUGCGGAGAACCGCCGUGCGGUCAGCUUAACCCUAAAAACCCACACGUUUAUGCUUUGCUAGAAAAAAUAUAUGCAGAAAUUAUCGCAUUGACUGGGGUGGAUGAUAUUUUCCAUCUUGGUGGAGAUGAGGUGUCAGAACGCUGCUGGUCGCAGCACUUUAACGACUCGGACCCAAUGGAAUUAUGGCUCGAGUUCACCCGACGGGCUUACCGAGCGCUGGAGAAAGCCAACAGAGGCAAAGCACCAGAAUUGACCUUGCUUUGGUCUUCUCGGCUAACACGCUCGCCUUAUUUAGAGCGGUUAGACUCGAAGCGUAUCGGCGUGCAAGUGUGGGGAGCGUCGCGAUGGCCCGAAUCCCGCGCGGUGUUAGAUGCAGGUUACCGCUCAGUUAUAUCGCAUGUGGACGCAUGGUACUUGGACUGCGGGUUCGGAUCUUGGCGCGACAGUUCAGACGGGCAUUGUGGGCCGUACCGGUCGUGGCAGCAGGUGUACGAGCACCGGCCGUGGAUGGAGGAGGGCGGAGGGGGAGGGGUGUCUAGUGCCGGCGAGCAGGUGCUGCCGUGGCGGAUAGAGGGCGGGGCGGCGUGUCAAUGGACAGAGCAACUGGGACCAGGCGGCUUAGACCCGCGAGUGUGGCCGAGAACGUCGGCGCUAGCUGAGCGACUGUGGUCAGACCGCGGCGCGGGGGCAGAAGCAGAUGUAUACCUACGUUUAGACACGCAGCGCUCGCGCAUGGUGGCUCGGGGGGUAAACGCAGCGCCGCUGUGGCCCCGCUGGUGUACCCAGAAUCCCCACGCGUGCCUCUAGCUAGUGCCGACGUGCGACUAUUACGAUAUCUUAGUCAAUGCCUCGACUAUUACGUUGUUUACGUUGUUAUAUCUACCCGACGAUGCCACAAACAGUUUAACUACAAUUUUAACGCCGUUGAUGGCUUAUGAAAUCACGUAAACUGACUGAUACUGACAGACACGAUCAGGUUUAUACGUAUAUGUAUUGUUUUGUUUUAAUAUACAAGCAAGAUAGAGUUUUAGUUAUGAUGAAAUUUGCAGGUUAGAGAUCAGCCAGGCCGCUUUUUGUACAUAAUAAACUUAGGAUAAGUAGAUAACCUUAGCAAUAUAGUUACAUAAUCAAAUAGGUAGGUAAAUAAUCGUUGAAAAUUAGAUCUUUGUAUUGGUGUUAAGUAAAAGUUGAAACGUUAAUGUCGCUUAACAAAUGGUACAUAUUAUACAUUUAACUAAGUUUGUCUCGGCAUGGAAUCUUUAUACAAACCAGAGGCAAACUUAUGUUAAAUGAAAACAUUCUAAUGAAAUACACCGUGGCAAUUUAAUGUCUAUGUUAUAUUUGUACCUACGGCUAGGUUACAUGCUGUAAGCUCUGCUAACUCCUAUAUAUUCCAGCAAUGAUAGGUUUGCCUAGUGACCUAGUAAG